AUGUCUGAAUAAUAAAUUCCAUUUUGUUAACAUAAUGAAAAAUUCAUUGCCGUCUAAUCUGCUGAAAAAGCAAAAUUAUGUCUAGAGUGUUUAGCUAUAAAGGGGAAAGCUAUUCUGAUCGAAGAUUAGAUGAAAAAUGUCUAGAACAUGAAAUCUUUAUUUAAUAAAGAAAAAUAAGAGUAAGUCUAAAAUAAUAUAGCCUCAUUAGAAGAGUUAAAGACAAAUAUUAAUUUACUCAAAUAGUUUUAUAAUAAUUAAAUAGAUUAGAUUAAUUAAGAUGUGGAAAGUUGGAAAAGUUAGAUUUAAGCUUCUGGGGAUUCAUUUAUAGCAGAAGUUAAUAAGCAAGAAUAAUAUGAUAUGUAAUAAUUUUUAAGUUCUGUUUAAUAAUUAUAAAAUACUUAAAUUAAGGAUUUAUCUUAAUUUAAAAUAAAUAUUAAAAUUGUAAACAUGUAAUACAAAUUUACAAAAUAUUCAAUUUGUUUCUAAUGUAGAUGAAAAAAAAAAGAUGGAUUAGAUGUAAGAUAAUUUAAAAGUGGUAAGAUUUUAUUUAUUAUUUUAGUAAUUAAAUAUAUUCUGUGAAAAACAUACAUAAAAGAGAAUAAAAAUACUAGAUAUGGGUUCAGUGAAUAACAGUUCAAGGCGUUUAGCUUGUAGAUUAUGUUUGGAUGAAUACAAUUCAUAAAAUUAUAAAACAGUUGAACAUGCUCAUUCUUAAUGGAAUAAGAUUGUAUAAAAAAGGUAGGAGAGUAUGUAAAGGAAUUUACUAACAAUAUAAGAUAAAGUUCAAUAAAUUAAUAAAAACAUGUAAUCGAUGUAAGAAAAAUUUAAGAUAUCCUUUGAUAAAAAUUUGACGAAGUUAGACAAUAAUUAUAAUUAAUAUCAAUAAAAUGUAGAAUAGAGUAAAAAAGAAAUGAAUCUUGAAUGGUAAAAUUUAUCAAGAGAAGAAAUACUAAAAAUACUUGAUGAAAUAAAUAAAAUAUAAAAUUUAUCAAAUUCAGAAGAUCCACUUUAAACUUAGUAUACUAAUUAAGAUAAAUUAGUUAAUCAAAUAGUGAAAGAUAAUUUUCUGUUUUUAUAAGAAUGUUAAUUGGAUCAAAUUACAAAAUUAAAUCCAUUUAUAUAGAAUUAAAUAUUUGAUGAAAUUACUACAUUAUUUAAAAAAAAGAAACCAAACCCAAAUCUUAAUUAAAUUGGGAAAAUGGAAUCAGAAGUAUCCAAAAAUAAUUAUUUAAUUUAAUAAGAAGAAUAACCAAUUAAAAAAAUAAAUAACACUAAUUUCACAUAUAAUUUAAUGAAAGAAAGUUCAAUCAAAGAAGAGCAAUCAUGUCGUGCUAUGGCUUUCAAUUAGGAUUGUUCAAUCAUAUUGGUUGGAUGUAAUCAAUAAAUAUAAGUAUUUGAGUUUAGAUAGGGAAUAAUGAAAUAAAAUUAAAUUCUAAAAGAACAUGAAAAUAAUGUCAUCACUUUAAAUUUUAUGAAAAAGUCUAAUUAAUUUAUCUCUGGAAGUGAAGGAGAUGGAUUGAUAAUAAUUUGGUAAUUAAAUUCAAAUAAUGAAUGGAUUUUAUAAUAAAGACUAAAAGAACACUCAUAAGGUAUAAGAUGUUUAAUAUUGAAUGAAAAUGAAGAUCUAUUUGUAUCUGGUGGUCUUGAUAACAAAAUUAUAUUUUGGGUCAAAUAGAAUUAAUGGAUUGUACAAUAAAUAAUAUAAAAAUAAUGUGUAUAUGCCCUAAGUCUAAAUGAACAAUAAAAUAAAUUGAUCUCAUGUGCUUAGGACAACUAAAUAUUAAUUUUAGAAUACCAAAAAUAAAAGAAAAAGUGGAAUAUUAAACAGAAAAUACCUGUCUAACAAAAAGGUAUUAGAGUAUGUUUCAUAGAUGAUAAUUUAUUCACACUCUAAACAUAUUAAAAUGAUUUAUUGGAUGUAUAUGAAAUGAAGAAUGCCAAUGAAUAUACUAAAACUAAAGGAAUUUAAGUUAUGCGUGGUUAAGAAGAUGAAAGUCCUUUUUUUCCUUAACAAUAUAUAAAAUCAAGACGUUUGCUAGUAAAUAAGAAUUGUCAAUAUAUAAAUAUAAUAAAAAACAAUGAAAAUGGAGAAUUUGUAACAUAGUAAUCUAUUGAGUUUCAAAGCAGUAAGUUAUAUGGAUCUAUGAGUGAUGAUGCAUAGUAUCUUAUAACUUGGGAUGAAAUAUCAAAAGAAAUACAAAUUAGAAAAUAUUAAGAAUUAUGA